AUGCCCAUUAAGGGAAUGCGCAGCAUCUUCUUCCACCCCUCCCCUCGACGCAGCGACCGCCACGCCGCCUCCGGAGAGGCCCCGGCGUCCACUCCGUCGACGCCGCGCCGCAGCUUCUCGGCCACCAUGAUGGAGGAGAACAUCUCUGCCGCAGAGGAGAUCAUCACCAAAUGGGACCCCGAGGGAUCCGCCUAUGCCAAGAUAACCUCCAUCUUCUACGAGAACCGCGCUGAGGCACGGCAAUUCCUCCGCGCAGUCUCGGACCUUCAGCGGGCUAUGCACUUCUUCAUGGCGGACUCUCCUGUCUCCAGCAGUGACCUUCUCGUCCGGGGACAGACGCUCAUGCAGGCGGCCAUGCGCCGCCUCCAGAAGGAGUUCUAUCAGAUCCUCUCCGCCAAUCGUGACCGCCUGGAUCCGGAAUCAAUCUCCGCGUCCGAGCGCUCGUCCCUUUCCCUCACUUCCUCUUCCUCUCUCUCUGACCUCGAGGAGGAUGAGAUUCGUUCUGCCACGGAGUCCAUUGGUGAGGUGGAGCGGGUAUCUUUCAUCGCCAUGGCCGACCUCAAUUCCAUCGCGGACUGCAUGAUCUUCUGCGGUUACGGCAAGGAGUGCGUCAACAUAUACAAGACCAUCCGUCGCUCCAUCGUCGACGAGGGCCUCUACAAGCUGGGGUUCGACAGGCUAAGCCCCACCCAAAUUCAGAAGUUCGACUGGGAUGUGCUCGAGAUGAGGAUGCGAAGUUGGCUUGCCUCCUCAAAGGUCGCAGUCCGCACUCUCUUCUCCGGCGAGCGAGCCCUCUGCGACCACGUCUUUGCCUCCUCGGAGUCGAUCCGUGAAUCCACCUUCGCCGAGAUCGCCAGAGACCCCGCUAUAUACUUCCUGGGCUUCCCGGAGCUGGUGGCGUUGAAGACGAAGCGCUCGCCGGAGAAGAUCUUUCGGAUGCUCGACAUGUACGACUCCAUAGUCGAGCUGUUGCCCGAGAUCGAGUCGGUCUUCUCCCACGAGUCAACGUCCGCCGUCAGAGCCCAGGUCACCUCCUCCCUACAGAAGCUCGCCGAGGCGGUCCGGUCCCUACUCGGCGACUUUGAGACAGCGGUUCAGAAGGACAACUCCAAGGUACCCGUUCCAGGUGGCGGACUCCACCCCCUCACUCGGUACGCGAUGAACUAUCUGGUUUUCCUCGCCGACUACAGCGAAGCCCUCACCGAGAUAUACGCCGAUCAACCCUUCCAAAUGCCCGCCUCGGUACCGGAACCCUUCUUCGACGCCGUCCCAUUGACUUCGACGCCGCCGUCUCCCGCCUACCGCGCCGGAGAGGGCUCCCUCUCCCCCAUCUCCGUCCGGCUGGCUUGGCUUAUCCUCGUCCUGCUCUGCAAGCUCGACACCAAGGCCGAAUCCUACCGCGAGGUCUCUCUGGCAUACCUUUUCCUCUCCAACAACCUCCGGUACGUGGUGAACAAAGUCCGUGGCAGCCAGCUACAGGGCAUUCUCGGCGACGACUGGGUCUCCAAGCACGAGUCCAAGGCCAGGAACUACGCCGCAAGCUAUGAGCGCCUGGCAUGGGGAAAGGUCCUGGCGACAGUGCCGCAGACCGUUGCGGCGGAGACCGACGCGGCAAGGGAAGGCAUGCGCCGCUUCAACGAGGCGUUCGAAGAGGCGUGCAGGGAGCAAGCCGGGUGGGUGGUCCCUGAUGGGAAGAUGAGGGAUGAGCUGAAGCUGUCCGUCUCCAAGAAGCUGAUCCAGGCGUACCGGUCCUUCUACAUGGUGACCGCCACCGUGCUGCGGGGGGAGAAAGACUUGCCCACCCUCCUGCGGUUCUCACCCGACGACCUUGGGAACUAUCUCUCCGACCUCUUCUUCGGCGACACCAGCACUGGCUCGAGCUCCUCCUCCAUCUCUGGUUCCUCUAAGGCUUCGAGGAUGCCCGUCUAG